CUGGUAGACGUCAUCUGCAGUAAUUUAUUCAAAAAACACACGGUAAGGUUAUUGCCUGCAAAAUUCAGUUGUAUCCAAGAAGUUAGAAUCAAUUAAUCAAUUGAUGAAAGCUUCCAAGAAAAUGUACGUCAAUACGAGGGGAACGUAUCGUUUUCGUCUGUCCACACGAGGAUCGAAGAUGAAACUCUUUUGUUUAUUCAUAAAUUUUAUGAUUUUAUGUUACAUAUAUCUCGAGCAUCUCCAAUCAGGUUUGCUUCACACUUUCUUGAUUAGGAAGGUAAUUUGCAGUCUCGGAAAAACUGACCAAUCAGCUUAUACUAACCGGAUUUAGAACAUUCGACUGACAACAGCUAUUCACUUGACUCUGAUAAUGACUCACGUUGUCGAAACGUCAGUCACCACUACCGACAACAGUCCUUCUCAGGACUACACUCAACCGGGCGAUCAUACUACAUUAUAUCAGCUAAGUCAGUUUGGUAAUCGGGAAAUAGAUUAUAAUCACAGUUUUCUUACUGUCUUUUUAGCUAUUGUAAGACCAUCAUGAAUAGAAUCAUACGGUUACCCAUUCCCUUUUAACCAGUUGGUGUUCUAUUUGACUGACUAGUUCCACGAUGUUCACCUGCACAUGGCAGAUAGUGAACUACAGAAAACAUUUGGAGUUGACUCAAGAGAAAAAGGUUUGAUGCACAUUUCUUUCUUUGGAGCUUUAUCAAGUAAAUAAUUUUCACAACUUAUUGACGUAGAUCAAGCUAGAAAAACCUCUCUAAAUAAGCUAAUUAGUCAAUAAACCUUUUCAGUCGACUGGUUUGUGGGUUGAUAAUGUCUGUGGCUGAGAGAUUGUCUGAGAAAUAAAUAUUUGGCCAAGAAGCUAAGAUUCGAUGGCAAAUUUGAAAUCUCAGCCGAGGAAAUUACCGGCCAACAUACCGGAAAAGCGUUUAUCUUUUCCAUGAGCCUCCCAUUUAUUUUCAUAGCGCGCAAGUACAGUUCGUGCUUGCACCACAUGACCUAAAAUAGCCAAUUAAAUAGCGUGGAUAUUAAUGAUUGGGUUAUGAGCCAUUCUAAUGUCUACAUCAUUUUUUGCACCGUAGUCCCAGAAUAUGAGGUGAUAGCUCCCUAUAAAUCGGAUGAUUCGGGGAGUUUCGUUGAUUACGUUCAUCAUGACGGAGAAAGAACACGGAGAGCCACUAGCGAGCCAAACUUCUGGUACUUCAAAAUUGAAGCGUUUGGAAGGUCACUUCAUCUUAACGUCACAAAAGUAAUGCCUAAAAUAACAGCAGGAGCAGUGGUUGAGACAGUAGAUCACAGUGGAAAGUCCACUUAUAAGGAGGUGCCACGUGGCGUUCAUUAUACAGGUCAUGUGACGUCGGAACCAGAGUCACUGGUCGCCAUUAGCGGAAAUAAAGGAUUGGUGAGUCUUGAAUCUGGAUCUUGCGCCAGUGUUGAUGUUAAGGUUUGCAAAACUAGUACAUUAAUACUAAAACAAUUGAGUAAUUUAUCUCGAUUUCUAUGCAUGAUCGAGCUUAUAAUUUCUUUACAAAAUACCUUAUCUCUGGGGUACUACCUGGCUCUUUUGAACUUUUUCAGUCUGGGAUCAUUCAAACUCUCCAGGACACACUUUACAUUAGGCCUCUCUCACAGAAUCUUGUUGAAAAGAAUCAGCUUCAACACGGACUUCCGCACAUUAUCUACAGAAGGUCAAUCAAUCAAGAUUUAACUCCUGAUUUCCAUAUUUCAAGUAAGAAAUUCAACUUGUUAAUUGCUAUUGUUAUUGUGCAUUUGCGCCAUAACGAUAUAAAUUUCUUUCUUUGAACUCCUUCAAUGCAGUCUGAAAUUUUAAAAACAUGAACCAAGCGUUAUGAUAUUACAAUGUGGUUUUAUAGUUUAAAGAAGCCAAGAAACGAUAUAGUGGCAGUUAUAAGGAUUUUGAAAUUGUUUUCGAAGGAACCAAAAACCUUAGUAUAAUGAGGUACAAUAACGAAGGUGAUGGUUGAAAGUUAUUUUUAAAAGGUUCAAAUGAUUACAAACAUCAUUUCUAUGUCCCACAACAUAACAUCUGUCCGGUCUUACUUUUAAGUAGACCCCCUUUUGAUAACCCUUUCGUCUCUUUUUCUUCAACCUCAGUGGAGGAAAAGAGUCGAUAAGGCUGUCUUUUUUUUGUACACUUCAGAUAGUGAUUGGAUGCCUUUUGAAAGGACCAAACCGGGCCUUCUCCGGAGGAAAAAACGUCAAACUCCACAUAAGUUCCUAGAGAUGGCUCUGAUAGCUGACAACUUUGUGAUCUCAGCCUAUGGCGAAGAGGAAACGACUUAUCAUCUUUUAUCUAUCGCUCAUAUUGUAAGUACUUUCACUGACUAAAACAUAACAUUUUAAAAUACAAGCAAAGAAAGAAAAGAGCCAAAUUUUUAAAAAAAUGGCGAAGUGUAGAGUGAUAAAUACAAAAUUCCACGAAUGAUUCGACAGUAUAAGUUACAAAAAACAUGCCAAUACACGUAAAAGACAAGCUAAGAAAAAUCUCGCGAUAUUCAGUACAUGAAAGAUAAAUCAUUUUCCUUUUUUCACAAGCAAGCGUCUAAGUUAGCUAAGAGCCAAUUAACCAAUGAAUAAACUUCUUUUCUAAGCUUUCAAGACUUUUCCACGACAGCAGUAUUGGCCCAAUAAAGAUCACUCCUGUGAUUGUCCGUUUGGUACUCAAGAACGAUGGGGUAAGCGAUAAGUGGCUGCAGCAAGUUUCUACGACAAACCGCUCCGGUGUAAUGCGAUAAAAUGUUGAGGCUACAACUCUUAUCUCAAAUUUAUGCUGGUUCGCAUACUUAUUAGAGCGUUUCGGCGCAGAGACCCCUCACAUGUAACUUUUCAUUGAUUUUUUCCGAGUUUCAUCUCCUCGGGGGAAUACUGUGAGUCAUAUCCUCUGCGCUUCUCCAAAUUAAACGUUCCGAUCUUCCAUAACACUCUUGAGGCCAUUGAUAUGUAUACUGACCUUGUUCUGUCUCAGAGGAUAGCAAUAUGGUGUACAAACUAUAUUAAAAUGCCUUUUAUUUAUUUCAUUUUCCGAUGACAUCUUAAUCCAUUUGAUAAACCUUUAGAUUUCUCAGCCAGACAAACAUAAUUUUUUUAUGUUACUCUUCCUAGUUUGGCUAUAAUUCAAGUGCAUCUAGAGGUAAGCGAAUCUCCGCUAUGGAGCGCUGGGCAAGAAAAAACUUCCCCGAGUCAGACGAUGAUCCUGCUCACGCUGAUGUUGUCGUUCUGAUCACGAGAAGGUAAUUUGUUAUCUUUUGGCAUGAACAACGCAGAUUUCUGUAGAUUUGCUCUUAUCCUUAACCCGGAAGGUCUAAGUUUUGAUAAGUCGUAAGGGGGAGAGAGGGGGAAGGUGGAAGGGCCUUCCUUCAACUCACUUAUAAUUUAAAUAAGUUUUUGUUUUUAUCGGUACCUGGCAAGCCUCUAGACUACGAUAACAGCUCUAACCUGCGGCUCAAGUAAUUCAUGAGACCGACAAUAAAAUUGCGAAGCGAGAAAGAUGAUAACCCAUUAUCAGGUUAUGCACCUGAACGUUUUCAGUUAUGUAAUUUUAACGAAAAUUUUAUUUCCCUUUCUAUUGACAGGAGUUCUGGGGGUAAGUAAAUUUUUCCUCUUUUUGAUCGCUCAAAUUUGAAUACUGAGUGACAUACACGAUCGUUGCCUUUAUCGCCAUGGUUAUCGACAUGCGCGUUGAAACAUCAUUACUAUUAUCAAUACAGGAAGAUGAGAGUGAUCUUUGUAUUUAUAACGCCACGUAAGCAGUAGUACAAAUAAAGGAAUCAUUUUCGUCGUCGUCAUCAUUGUGAUCCUUAUUCGAAGGUCUUGAUCCUAAUGAUGAAAUAAAAUAUCAUGAAAAAUAGUUAGAAAUAUAAUUAUCUCCCAAUAGGUUUAAAUAAACGGUGUGUUCAUGACUUGCAGGGAUUGCUAGCGUCGGAUCAACAUGCCGUAGCUACUUUGGGGCUGCUCUCUCCAACGACAUUGGACUCGGAAGUGCCAUUGUUGUGGCUCAUGAGAUUGCUCACACGUUAGUUAAACAGACGUGUUUACUAUGAAAUAUAAUGAAUGACACUGAAAACAUGAUUGUCUCCGUGUGGACUUUGAGCAAAUCAAGACGUCUACGGCAACAAGAACGUGGAGAAACGGAAUUUUUGCUAAACAGAAUAGCUCUACGCCUGCGUUUUGAAACUGAGUACAAUUCCCAGUCGUCUUACGCAGAGCUGUGAAUGGAAUCCCGAGAGAAAGUGACUCAUAUUUUUAGUUCAAACUCAAUGCUACAUUCCCAUGUUAUUCUGAGGAAGUGAUCUGAUGCCCCCUUGGAGGGUUGGCACAUUGAGCUCCUUACGAGGAUUUUUGACAGAAAUGAAAGUUCAUUUCUUUAAUCGCUGCUUUCCCAUGCAAGGCGUCAACAUAUUGACAUCCUGAACUCCCUAGCGAGAGGAUCGGGGGGGUAGCCCCCUCAUACAAGGCAGUUGCUAUCAUGCAAAAUCAAUAUUUUAACUUACUUAUAUUUCGUUUUUUUUUAAGGAUGAGCGUGGGGCAUGACGGAUCUGGUGCAGCAGCUUCCUGUGAGAACAAUAAAAAUAUCAUGGCAUCCACUAUACCGAGUGGACCUGGGUCCAUGAAAUGGUCUGCGUGUAGUCGUGAACGUUUCCAAGACUUUUUAAGGUAUUUUUCACACCAAAGGAUUUUGAUAAAGGAUUUUGAUGAUUAUGCAAGACCAGUUUAGAAAUGCAUAUAAAAUACAGCAAUUCUAUGAUAAAUAAGUUAUUGAAAGUUUUUUUGUGCUUAGUAUUUUUACCCAUUGAUUGCCUUUUGACUCGAUCUGCGGGCUUUUCAAAGUACCGCACGACUAGUAAAGGUACUCAGCACUUCUACAUACCAAAACGUCUGAUGACCUUUAUAUAUUUCACGGCUUGUUAUACCUUCUCCUUCAUUCCCAUCUUUGUGACAAAGCACUAAGUUGACCAUAAUCAGGUCCUGGCCGGGUUCCGUACUCUACGGGGUUUGAAUAUUGGAUAAAAUGCUUUGUGCGACGCUUAAUAACCGGUUCUAAUCUAAGAUGUGAUGUGGAGGAAAAAUAAUUCCUUUCUAUGUCGAGGGCUAAGCUUCCAACAUACGUUGAUACAAAAUUAUUAUCGCCACAACCAAUAUUCACUCGCAAAAAAAAUUUUUUUUCUAUGCUACAGAUUUUUUGUAUUAUCAAUCAUUACAUUUAACGCCUUAGCAAUAUGUGUUUGAAUAUCAAUAUUGCAGGAAUUGCAGUAAGAUAAAUUAACUAAUAAAUUAAUCAGUCAUUAGUCAAUUAUAUUUCACGGGAGGGUCAGCCCUUCUACCAAUCUGUUUUUUUUUUUGGUGCAGCCAAAGAUCAGACUGUUUAGAUGACAUUCCACGAGUUUCCAACAUCACCAAAACUCCGAAAGAAUUUUACGGUAAACUGCCUGGUCAAGUUGUAGACCGAGAUGGACAGUGCAGAAUGAUUCAUAGCAAGGCUUACUACGCAUGCCCACAACGCAAGGUAAGUGACCGCUGUUACACAUAGCAGAAUCUUUUCAGUUUGUAGUGGUGUUAAACUCGUUGGAUUUGAUUCUUUCUGUGAACGGUAUCUUUCUUAAACGCCAAACAAAGUGUGUUCGUACAUAAAGUGGCUUGGGUUCUUAAGACACUAGCAAAACACCAUCAUCUUCUCUCUGAAAAAAAAGAGUAGGAACUGGUACCAACAGCUGAUUAGGUGUUCUUUUGCUCUGUGGUCUUGUCUUAGAGUAGAGGAGUGGUUACUCAGUAGAUUACUUUAUUUUUUACCAAGAUUCGGCUUACUUCUGUUGACGAUAAUAGGCUCCAAAUCAUUCCCAAACGUAUUUUUAAGACUAGUUUAAAGAUAUACUUACACCUAUUUCGUAUUUAGAAAUGAUCUAUUGUACCGGCUCGAUUUUUCACAUUAAGUAUCAUACAACAGUCCUUUUUUACUGGAAAUGCUGGGGGACUUCUGGCGAAGCUAGACGGGAAAUCCCGUAAGUGAUCGUAAAAUCAUCUGUAUGACGAUUUCGCUGCAUUGGGAGAGUGGGUAACGUAAAUUUGCACUCGAAAGAAGCAAUACAGAAUACCAGCAGAUGAACCAGUCAUCACUAUUACCAUUCCGGGUGAGUCGUCGAUCGCGGUGGUAAUAAUUACUUCAUGAUUCAGUAACAUUGCUCAUCUUCGCAGACAAACUGUGGUGAACUUGGAUGCACCAGAGAUGGCUAUAGAUGCCUUUUAUCUUCAACUUCUCCUGCAGAUGGAACAAGAUGCGGAGUUAGACAUGUAAUUUAACCUACCAGUAUUUAUUUAGUAGAAUACCUAUUCGUAAUUGCAAUAACUAAUUUAUCAUUUGUAUUAGGUAAGUCUGAAUAUAAGAGCAGGAUGAAUCACCAAUUACCGACAUUUUUUAUUUGUCUUAGGUUCUUCAGUAAAUGGAUAUCCACCGUUCUUCUUACUCGAUUUAGCCAGUAGAUUAGCUUUUAGGUCGGAAAUAAAAUAAUUUUCCUUUCUUUCUUAAAUAUAGCGAAGCAGCUUAUAACAAUAUCUCUGAAGGAGUAAGUUCCUAAAGAAAUUGUUGUGCUGCGUCGAUGGGGAUCACUGUAAAAUAAUUUGAUUUUAUCAACUGAAUUGAUAAUGUAAAUUGGCCACUGAAAAGAGUUACUAAAAAAAGCAAAUUUUUAAACGUUAGCCCUUCGUUGGAGAAAAUAACAAUUCCUCCUUUACAGACUAACUACUUAGUCGGAGAUAAGCAUGAAAAGUGAGUGAGCGACGUAAGAAUGGAUUUCCAAGUCAGUAUGGUGAUGGAGGCAGGGCAGUCUCCAUUGAAACGUCUGUUGGGCUUGUUACAUAGGGAGCUAUUCGUUGUCAACAUUACUAUCACUGCUAUAACUGAAGCUAUUUUCUAACCUCUCUCUCUCUCGUUCUCUCGUUUAAGUGGUGUAUAAAUGGUCAGUGUGUAGAUGACGGGUCACGUAUUAUCCGUGGCCGCUGGAGUAACUGGUCGGGCUUCUCCAAUUGCACCCGUCCCUGUGGAGGAGGGGUUCAACACAGAUCAAGAACUUGCACCAACCCACCGUAAGACCUUCAAAAGUAUUUUUCGGUCCAUACACUCCAUCUGAUUUUACACCAUUAAUUACUAGGUGAAAGGACUAUGCUAGCUUUUAAAUAGUCCAAGUUUAUGAAAGAAAAUAAUUGAUUAAACAUAGAUUUAAAACUCCUAUUUGUAGACCAAAGAACGGAGGAAGGAAUUGUAUUGGGCCAACGGUGGGACAUUGGAAAGUUUGUAACCCACAGGUCAGAUUAUUUUUGUUGUUGUUGUUGUUAUUGUUGUUGUUGCUAUUGUUGCUGUUGUUGUUGUUGUUUUUUUUUUGCGUUCUGGUGCAUCAUGAUUAUGAGCUAAUCGUAAUCUUCCUUAUUUUUUUGUAUUUCAUUAACAGCCAUGUCCAGCUGGCUCCAAAACAUUUCGACAACUCCAGUGUGAGGCUAUCGACCCCGAAUACCACGCUUUUUAUACUGCAGGUGUAUAAUAAUUAUUGUCGUUAUCGUUGUUUAGCCGUUGACCGUCAUCGUUAUCAUUUUAAGGAACGAAACGGCUCUAAAAAAAAUUCAUAUCAUCGGAAUAUUACAUGAUUAGUGAUAACGUUUUGUAUUAUGUCUUGAUUAAUUCUCGAGUUAUAGAUCAAAAUUUCCCAUUCUUAUGACUGACAGGACAGGCCACCAUAACAAUUACUUAAUAGUAGCAAUCUGAGAUUGACGUCCUGCAAAAAAACUUUAAGUGACACUAAAAAAAAACACUGCAUGUCCUUUAUCAGAUCACUGUUCGUUGGUAUGUCGAAAGAAACUUAAUGCUUUUCCUCAACGACGAGACGUCGAAAAUGGGACGAGAUGCUUCAGUGAUCCCACAAUCCCGGACGUCUGCAUUCAGGGAAAGUGCAGAGUAAGACAAAAAUUGAACAGUGUUUCAUUUUUUCCGUAUCUUUUACUUUGAUUUUUUUGUUCAAGGGAUAAAUUUGAUUCUGCAAAUAGGCAGAUAUAUAUAUAAUUUUUUUUUCAAAUCAAACAGCGCGUAUCCUGUGGUAAUGAAUUGGAUUCUGAGAUAAGACGAGAUCGCUGUGGUGUUUGUGGAGGAGAUAGUUCAACAUGCAAAUUUGUUCGAAAAAAGUGGGAAGAAAAAUGUCCAGGAUUUGGUAAGUUAAGUGACAACAUUAACCGUUUUUUGUUGCGCCUGAAACUGAUAUCUUGGAGCCUGAAAUAUUUCAAUCGUCACAAGUCAGUGCAAGAGAACAAUGCUAAGAAGUUUGUUCGUGAUAUUUCCAUUAAAAUGCAAGAGCAUUCCCAGUUUCAAGGAGUGCAAAUUUUAAUUUUUUCCCUUAUAUACUUCACUAAAUAUUCCAAAAAUAUCUUAGGAAUUUUAAAAAGGCAGCAUAGGGGUAAGAAUCAGCAACAUAGUUCGAGAGUAGUUAGUUAAUUAGAAUUAUUUCAGAAAGAAACGUGUGAGGAUGAUCGCUAAAGAUUUUUGUGUUGAGAAUUACGUCCAUGAUUAAGUUUCUUGCUCAGGUCGUAGAAGACAUACCGAGUAUAUCUAAUAAUAUCUAUAGUAAUAUCGAUAGUAAUAUCUACCGAGUAUAUCGGUCGUAAAUGUGCCCCGGCUGAAUUUACCGCAGAUGUUUCGAAUAUUUGUAACACUGAACCAUUUUAAGGUUAUGCAAAAUCAAAUUUAAUUGUAUAUUUCUUUAUGAACGUUGAGGACCAGGAAAAGCAUGCACAAUUUUUGAGGUUCCUAUUGGUUCUAUGUCAAUCUUUGUGGAGCAAGACUCAGCAGAUAAGAACCUGCUUGGUAGGUAUAAUUUAGAUUGAAAGAAAAAAUUUUAGUAACAAGCCACGUUAAUGUAAAAUGGAUUCGCUUUGGUUACGAUUUAAUUUGCACCGAGUCACCCUUUCAACCAAUGAAUUGCCCGCCCUUUGAGCUGUUUGCUCGGUUCUUAUUUUAGUUCGCUUUGGUCCCCUAGCAAUGUUUCUCCUUCUUUUAUUGGCCUUUCUGUUUUUUUUUGUUUUUUUUUUCAUGUUUUAAAUUUCUAUUUUUCAGGCAAUUAAUGUAAGAACCUUCAAAUUGAUAACAUUAUUUUCAUCGCAGCCCUUUAAGAAAGCAAGCCACUUUAAAUUAGUUAAGAGAAAUUUUUUAAUCGGGGACAGGCUUAUCAAAAUGUUUCGGGACAUCAGCAACAAUUCUGAUCACAAACAGUGCAUAUCUUGGCUGGGGCUCAAUGAAUUAAUUUUUAAUUUUGGAAAUAGUCUUCUAAACGUUAGAUGGUAACUCACAAAGCAUCUAAAACUUUUACUCACUCCUUACUUGUAGAAUAUGUUUUAAAAUAUCCUAAUAGGUAUAAAGAAUAAAGAAGGUAAAUAUGCAAUCCCAGUGCCCACUUGGAGUCGAACAGUGUAUGCAGCUGGAACUAAGAUUCACUAUUACCACGAAAAAGAUUACGAUAUCAACACGAUUACCAUUCCAGGACCCACAACAGAGGACCUUACCGUUGUGGUAUGUGCAUGAGGCAGUUAGUGUCUGACAGCAAACUUGAGAAACACUGAAAAGUUUGGAAAUUGAACAAAUUCUCUUUCUAGAUAUCGUCUAAAAUUCUAAAGAAAAACAGUUAUGGAAAUUGCGAGCCACAUCUCGGUUCUCCGUGCCAAAUAAAAUUGAUCUUAAAAGCUUGCGAAUUUUUGUUUAGAUUGAAAUAUGGUGGAUUUAGCAGCACAUAAUCAGUCUUUUUUGUUUAGCCUGCACGUUUAAUUUCACCGCCGCAAGUCACUCCGAAACACAUUCAUUUUAUUUAUCAUUCAACUUCUACUUCGCAACUUUUUUUUUCAAGAGAAGAUUUAUUUACAUUCAUUUCUUCAUUUUUCAUGACUAAAUAAUUCAGGGGAUUCAAGUACUGACUCAGAAUUUUCAUUUGAUAUAACAAAUAAGAAAAUAAUUUUCGUAUAAAGAAUUUCUCUUUUAGUUUGUUUCUGCAGGUUACUCACACACAGGUGUGUGGUACGAGUUGUAUGACCCAACUAUUUCAUCUAAUAUCGGAGCUGACGAUGUUGAGUGGAAUGUGACAGACUGGGGCGAGUGUUCUUGGAAGUGCGCUAAAGGUGUGAAAAACAGCUGAAUAAGGAAGUUCUGUUUAAAAAUGAGUGGUGGUCUUUAUAACUGAGUCUCUUUAAACCAAAACCAAGCAAUCAGUACGGCCAGUCCAACAAAAGGAAAAUACUAAGAGGCCAGAAUGAAAAGUAGCAAACGGCCUAAGCUGCGGAAAAAGCCAGCGGCCAAGUCACGAUUGAAAGAAAGAAAGAAAGAAAGAAAGAAAGAAAGAACGAAUUUCAAGAAAUAUAGGCGAUUUGAUCAAAAAAUUACAAGAACCUAUCUUUUCCAAGUUAAUUUUAUCAAAAUUACACUUUCUUCCCGUAAAUAAAACUUUCAAAGAACAAAAACCUCAUGAAUCUACUUCUACAACUUUCUUUUAGGAAAACAGAGCCGAAGAGUUCUUUGUACAAGAAAAGAUGAUGGGUCGUACGUUGAGGAUAAGGUUUGCUUGAAGAAGUCUAGGAAGCCUGCAGAAGAACAGUAUUGCAAUACACAUCCAUGCGACCCUCAGUAAGCUAAAAGCAAUUUUUCAUUCAUUUUCAUUGUUCAUAAGUUCGCAUAUAUUUCACUAAGUGUUUGAGAUAUGCUAUACUUUGAAAGCACUAUACGUACAAAAAGUCCUAUUUGUCACAUUCUAAGAAAACAAAUUUUGGUUUUGGUCGACACAGUUUGGCAUUUCUCAAGAUUAUUUCAAAUAUCUCUUAUUUUGCAUUCAGAACAGAGAAAAGGCAUUUAGGUUACUAUUGACUUCACUUCAAGAAAGCUUUUUUAAAAAAUGUUAUGUUAAUUUUAUGGCAGUUGGUACAGUUCGGAAUGGAGCUCUUGUUCCAGAACGUGCGGUAAAGGGGUCCAAAAACGAAAAGUGCAUUGCCGCCGGAAGCUGACGCAGUGGAAAUUUGAGAUCCUCCCAGACUCUUCUUGCAGAGGCGCUAAACCUUCUGGCGGAACACAAAGGAGCUGUAACGAGAUCAUUUGUCAGGCCGAGUGGAAAACUACCGCCUGGUCUCAGGUAACAUAAUUUAGUGAUGAAUGUAGAUUAAAUCGUAGAGAUGUUGAAGCGAUUAUGUCUGUAUUUUUUGCGAAUUUUGAUCGUACAUUUUCAGUUCAAAUUAUAUCCAGGAGAAGCGAAAGCCUAGUAUAUGUUAGUGUGUUGGGUUAAGAUUUAAAAUUGUGGAUUCCAGUCUUUAUCGAACUUGAUGACCCGUGACUUUCAUAGUGCCUCCUUCUACCAUGAGCAUAAGCAAACCUGACGAACUAUGGGAGGGGGGAAGGCGUGGCCGAAUUACCUAUCGAACCUGCUGCAGGUUUCCGCCCUUGUAGAUAGGCAAUAUUUUUUAGCCACUUCAUGAUCAGUGCUGUGUGCCAAUUGUACCGAGUGCAGAUUCAAUCUAUCCUUUUUUUAUAUCAGGAACUUAUAAACCCUUUAUUUAUUGAUCUCAAUUUAGUUUCAGACAGUCAUGUUUUUUGCUUUGCCAGUGCUCUUCAACAUGCCGAGGAGGUACGAAGAAAAGGGGCCUCGUUUGCAAGAGACGUAAUGAUCGAGGAGAACUGGUCAAAGUACCUGAGAUUCUUUGUCACCAUGCUCCUAAACCGAGCCCUACCACUAAGGACUGCAAUACAAAUGUGCCCUGUCCAAGUAAGAUAUUUAGUGUUUUUUUAUGAAUAACUUUUAUUCUGCAUAGAGUAAGCUAAGACCAUGGCCCUCAGGUGGGGUAUCAACCAAUCACUGGCUAGUAAAACACCGCAUAGGUCCUUACUUUAACAUGGCAGAAAUGCUCUAUGCUUGCUAAGACGCAGUAGUUUUGAAACUUGUUGAUUACCAAGAGUUUCUUAAGCUAAACUCUCAACGGUGAGAAAUUUCAGAAAUUAUCCACCUUUAUCCAUUUAAAGUUCAGUAGUAAUGAAAGCCCUAUACCGUAAAUUCGGUUCUUUAAAUAGAGAAUAACACGGGCGUGUAGAUAUGGAAUUUCUCUUCGAGUGCAUACGAUAGCUCACGAGUGAGCACAGCGAACGAGUGAGAUGUCGAGUUGAACACGAGAAGAGAAAUUUCAUAUCUACAAGCAAGCAUGUAUUAUUUUGUUUAUCAUAUAAACAAAAUAGCCCUUUACUGACAAGAAAAGUCCACUUUCAUAAUGAAUGAAAAUAAAAGUAUCGACAAUCCCCGAAUAAAAAUCGUAAAGAGCGUUGGUGCUAAGGUUCAAGAUGUAAAAAUGCGUUGAAUCAUUACAAAAACAACGAUGGGCGUAAUUUUUUCCUCACCGACAAAAGAAAUCUUUUCAGGUACACGGCCAAAAUCGGCACGUGUUUUUCAGGGUUUUAGCAACCAUAAUCCGAGAAAAUUCCGGCAAACGACCUUGGAAUGAGAACGGUGAAGGCUUUGCCGUUAAUUUAUCAACCUGACCAAGUGGCGCGAAGGCGAGUGACGUGUCAGCAGUUGAUUGGCGAUAUCAAACACACGUGAAAAAAUAUCGUAUUUUUUUCACAUGUGUUGUUACGGCUUUCCUCAGGGCUGGAAAUCCUUGUACAACACUGUAGUUUGUAUGAUAAAACUGGUUCAUCACCGUUGCUGCUUUUUAUUGGCUUCUCAUCAUGCACUCGAAUCUUAUUUGUUAUCUUCCCAUUAAUCUUAGCCCCACAGCCGUUGCUUAGAUACAGAGGGCUAGGCUGUUUUAACGAUGGAGACCCACCUGCUUGGCCAGAACUUGCCAAAAAUUUCCGAAAUGAAGGAAUCGACUGGUCCAACAUUGACGACACCAUUCAGAAAUGUGCAAAAUUUGUCUUCGAUAAUUUCCCUGACAACAAAAUGUUUGCCCUUGAGUUCUACGGAGAAUGUUGGACAGGUAGAGAGGCAGAGCAUUCUUAUGAUAAGUACGGAGCUUCCAGUGAAUGUUGGAACAACGUCGGAAAAGAGCACGCUUUUUAUGCAUAUGAGUUUUACUAAGGUGAGAAAUAACGGUAUAAAACACUUUCCCUGGUAAUGAGUAUACUUUUUUUAAUUAUGGGUUAAAAAAGGAUCCUAGAUGGCUUUUGCUUUGAUUUCCUACAAACCUUAACUGGUUUAAGAAUUAGAAUUAACUCUAUCCUAGUCGAAUUAGUUUCCACUGGCUACAACUCAUGUGGUAGGUAAGUCUGUACAGGGGCCAUGUGGCCCAUUGAGCCAGAGCUCAUAUCUUAAAAGUAUUACUACUACCCCCUGGAUGGUACAGGUAAACGUUUCAAACAUCAAACCAAUACAGGAUCUUUUCACUCUUUAUUUCUUUUCCUAUUCCUUAGGGCGUUCUUAUAUCGGAGCGAUCAACAACGUUCGCGGGUCUUGAUUACUUUAUCGAGGUUGCGGUCUAGCUUGUCUUCUAUUCAAAAAAAUGAUUUUCAUUACACGGAGUCGUAUCCUGAACUGAAACGCUAACCAUAAUUUUCUGUCCAAAACUAACUAAUCACGGAGACGUCGAUCCAACCAGAAAAUAUUUAGCAGCUUCUCUUGGAAGCGGUAACAUUUAGCUUUAACGGAAAUGGUUACACAGAGGUGUGGCCAGGAUUUUUCGAUGGGGGAUCACUCUUCAGUCAAACGGAGGGCACUCACUAGAUUAUCACGUCGAACUCCAUGCCGUGUUAUACUUAAGAAAGGCCUAUAAAGGAGGGACCACGGACACCCUAGGACCCUCUCAAGUCCCUCCCCCAGCUUUUCCCUUCUGUUAUGCCAGUCAAUCGCGAGCUUACUCCCCACCAUCUCAUCAGGCUUCCCUGACAAUCGCCAUUAUCCAUUUAUACUCCUGUGCAGAGAGAGACGCUGUGGAAUUGUUAUACCGAAGAUCAUAACUCGAUAAGCCGGCCAAAACCUCUCUACCAGAAGUCUAGUGCAUUUACCGUCAGGCCCCCUGUCACCUACCUACCACUUAUAAGUUAAAAUUUAAUUCUAAUAGAUUUUUUAAAUUAAUUUUUUUUUAAUAUCGUUUGUGGUUCGUUCUGGUGUAUUUCAGGUCUAACUGCUAGGAAUCUUUCAACGUUAUCGCCUUUUGGAAUGAUGCAGCCUCUUUCUAUUUUAACCUGCGGAGCAGGCGACGUAGUAAUAUCAAGUAGAAGAUGUUCGAAGAGAAGUCACUUACUCCACGCUGUCACUACCAUUUCCGACACUCGAGAAACUGUUCUCCUGAAGCAACCAGUUUUCCGAUGGAUUUCUUUUCAAGAGAACAGUGAAUUUUCCGGGACAGCUUUUCAGAAUUUCUGGCGAGUGAGGUUUUAAGGUCGGAAAUUUAUUUCCACACCCAUGAGACGCGUUCGACCGAGACAUUUUGAUGAAGUUGGUACUCUUAAGUCUGCCUCUGACAAAUUUCGCUAAUCAAUGCUUCAGCGCAUGCUUCGCAGGCUAACUUGUUAAUAAUCAUGUAUUUAAGGGAAUAAUGACCGUCAGAUAAUAAAAAUACUGUGACUAAAAUGUAGAGGUUUUCUCUCCCAUUCUUGAACAACUUAGUUCUCUGCUUAUAUGUUCUAUAUUUUAUGAACGAUCGAGUCUUAGCCUAAGUUGUAAUUAAAUUAACACAAGCUCUUGUGGCCAAAAUAAAAAUUCAAAUUGGAUUUAUAAGCGAACUUGUACGAUCCUCAUAGUUAGGUUUGCAGAUUUACGAACAUGGCAGUGUCCCCUCCAUUUGUUCCUUUGUUUGUCACUUUUGAACCAGCGAAUACUAAAUUUUCGGACUGGCAAGGAAAUGAAGUUAAGGAAUAAAACAAAAGUAGUAAUUUUAAACGUCUAAUUCUGUCGCUGUCACAGACUCGAUCGGGUAUACUUACCGCACAGCCCCAUACCAUUGUAAAACAAAUCUGUUUUCCCGAUGGCAAUGUAUUGUUUUUGUCAUUGUUUUCUCUAUCCAAGAACUGUAUGCAUAAUGUAGUAUGGGGCUGUGCGGAAAUUUUACCCUCGAUCGAUAUAAACAUGAUAGUUUAUUCUCAGUUGAUGAUGUAAGUUAGUCACUAUAAGAGUUUUUUUGCGCUGAAGUUUCGAGCGUUAGCCCUUCGUCCUUGCCUUAUCAAUUCAGUUGGUAGUGCCAAAUAAUCCUGCAAUGGUAACACAGUUUCUUUAGAAAAUUAUCCCAUUCAUUCCUUUGUCGAUAUAAACAUGCAUUGGUUCCUGUAUCCUUCAUUAUGUGUAUUGUUUGGGCAGAUGAUGGUUAUCUUGACUUAGCAAUAUAUUCUUGUUUGAAUAAGCAAAUAAGGGUUUUCUGACUCGUCUCCUCAUUAUCACCUAUUCAGUUCUCCUCGGGAGGUUCGUCUGCCGAAGAGGUUAAUUUUAGUUCGCAACACGAUAAACAUGCUAUUAUAAUGUUGGAAGAGUUUUUUUUUUAUGUAAGAACAUUUUGUUUUCCUGUCUGAUGACUGUUAUUUCCGACCCAAUGUUUUCUUCAAGUUUUUCUUUUCCCAACAACUCCUUCCUGUUACAGAGGGUUUUUCGGUAACAAACGAAAUACACAUUUAUUUUAGCCAAAAAAAAGAACUUUUUAUUUUAUCGGUUUAUAUUAGCAAUUUGGUUGUUAAACUUGGCCUUGACUAUUUUUUUUGAGUACAAAAUGCAUCGAAUGAUAGAUAGACAGACAAAUAUCACACACAUCUUAUCGGUAAGAAAACAGUCCACUUACAAUGUAGACUUCACUAAGUAAAUAGUUUUUGGGAAAAAAAUUUCAAUUUGAAUACGACGCCAUGGGUCGAUGAUCAAAAAAAAUUCAAUUUGACUACAAAGCUAUGAGGUUGGUGAUCACAAAGUCUGCCUUUCUCAAGCUUUCAAAUGCUAUUUUCCAACUGUUUUCUUUGCAGACACGAUAAUGCGUUUAAUUUCAACCCGUCAUAUUUACCUGAUCAGCAGUUUGAGUGACAAUACUUAUCAGUAGGGAGGAGUAAAGUUCAUUACAGGCAUACAGCAGUGUGUCAGCCUCGAAUGUGAGAAAUUUAUGGCAUUUGGAGCAGACAAGUUUAUUAGAAAUUUCGUUUCUAUUGAUAUGGCCGACCGACUCAUCUAUUAUAGCAUCUCGCCGCGUUAGCCCACCCACUUCUAGUGAUUUGUAAAAUUUACAAAUGAGAAUUUAUUGUUUGCCUCUGGGCUUGCAACAUUGGGCCCGUGUUUGUUUUAGAUCAUGGUCUUACUGACACAGCUUUAUUUCUUCAAGCUAAACACAAACUAAACAGUAAAUCCUACUUUCUUUAGACAAAUAUUCUUAAAUGCAAUUAUUUUCAUCCUUCAGUGUUUGCCGUUUAAGUCAAAUAAAGUAAACAUAUUGCUACCUGUUUUUCGCGGUAACAGAAUCCUUUCAAACGUCUCGCUUGCCUGAUAGGUAAGAUGAAGCGCACUUAAGGUAAGAAAUUGUUGGACCGUUUUUGGUUUUAUCGGAUCAGAUACGAAGUUAUUGGUAAAAGGUGCGAUAGCUUUAAUAGGACUCUCUAAAUAUAUCAUUGUCGGAAUCUGUGCAAAUAAUACAAAUUUCACUUUCCUUAGCUGAGAGAUGGUUUAAGCUACUGAUUUCGUUUUGGUAUUUGGCAGACAUAUUUCAUCAAUAUGGCUCAAGGUAGAAUACGGCUGUGAAAAUCCCUCCCUCCCUUCAUUUAGCGAAUAUCCUGCGCGGCCAGAUCUUUCGGCAAGCGCUAGGACAUUAAUAGCCUAAUGAACCAACAAAGGGCCAAUUUUUCGCAAAAAAGUCAUUCCGAUUUAUCAAAACUGUUUUCUCUCAGAAUCACCCAAAACACAUAGCAUAUUCUUACAGGGGCGAUACUUUCCCCUGUAGAUGACUUUUUAAGUGGAAAACGUUUCACACAUGUCACAUAUUCCUCUAAGAGUACGUUAUUAUAAAAAGUUCUGUGGUAAUUAAUAUUUUCUCAUACUGGUGCUAUAUUGGAAGUCUUUUCAUUAAAGAUUUAGAGAGAAGUUUUAAUGCAAAUUGUUGCAUUUUUUUAUAAUUUUUUUGUCUGAGGUAAUCUAUCACAAAAAUGAGGCUAUGAAAAAUUAGGGCGCACAAAAAUUUUAUUUCUUCUUUUAAGUACGCGGAGCACUAAAACGCCAUCUUUCAGUCUAUGCAAGAGAUGUUGGAAUACUCAUCCCCAAGCGAUCGUGACGUAUAAUUUUAUGACAGAUCAUGAAUUCAAAUCAAUCGACUUCAUUUCAAAAUUUAUUUCGAAGCACUUAUUCCUUUCAAUGCCAAAGUUUUAUCGAAAUCCACGAGAUAUUAGGGCAUCUUCCAAGAUGCAAAAGUCUUAUUUUUUCAAAUAACAAAAAAGUUCAAAUCAAUAUCAAGGAAGUUGUUAAGUAAAACCUGCUUUUUAUUAAUUACUUGCUGACAAUAAGCCGACACAGUAUCCAUGACAACUACGAUCAUGAAUGGCUAAUACAGAUUGUGGUAUCUCGCCUUCGCCAAGAACUGAUAAGAUCUUGUAAAAACAGUCGGAAUUCCUAUAUUUCUUUCAUUCAAUGAGACUAUGAAAAUACUUUUUUUUCAUUCAGGUAACAGUCUAGACAUAUCGUGCUGAUCAGUAUUUCAAUUUACUGAACACAUUAUCCGUAACUAGGCAAUAUUUUCCCAUAUCAGGUAUCUGUUCCGUUACAACACAAUAUCCGCUUCAAUAAAACAUUAUGCAUCAUUAGAAAGCAUUCAGCUGUAAUUAGGUGAUCUGUAGCUUAAUUAGACAUCAUUCUCCGAAUUGACAGGAACGAUUACUAUGGUAACUUCAGUUUCAGUAUGAUUUAAGGUUAUACUUACCAAACUUUAAACUAUAACAUAAUAGAAGAAAUCGUCUCUUAAGCGUUUUUUUUUUUUUUUGCAAUUCUGUAGUUCAUUUUUAGCAAGUAGAGUUUCUUUAAUGAUAACUUAAUAGUAAAUAAUAUACCACUUAGCGUUUCAAGAUAAACCAAUAACCGUAUUUGGGAUGUAACUGUAUAUUUUUUAUCAAUAGAUCUUCUUUGUUUUGUUUAGAGAUCUCUUAACUUCCUAGCUUUUAUGUAACCUCUGGUCGUUCCAUUGUUUCUUAUGCAAUUGUUUCCAUUGUUAUAGUAAUUAUAUCGUGAUUUUUUUGGAAAUUUAUCAGUAAUAGACCCAUUUUGAGAGUGUAAAUAGCAAGUGUAUAUUUGAUAGUCAUCAAACGCAAGAGCUGCAAAUGCGUCGUAAGAAGACACCUUGAGGAAUCAAACGAUUAAGAGAUUUUAGCCGUUAAAGGUGAGUAUGGCUUGUUGCUUCAGCUUUGUUUGAAAUGGCAGGACACUCACAAAUGGUUAUUUUGGCACGCCAUACUCUCGAAAUUCUUCUGAACUCUUGAUUUCAAUAGCUUGUUUGUGAGGAGUAGCGAAAAUCUACGCUAUAUCGCUUUUUCCAAGCAGUCAGUUUGUGGGGAGGGGACGACUUGUCGGUCUGAAAAUCCCUGUUGGUUUUUGUUCCACUCACUGGUAGUCUAGCAGUUUCCUUUCGGGCAUAAACAGAGAGGGCCGUGGAUUAUCCUUAUCAAAAAGUAAUAUCUUCUAAUAAUAAUCUCCUUUGAUGCACAAUCCCUCUUUUAAUUAAUCCUCUAGAGUGGUGUUCACUUUCAUGUCUUGUUCGCCUUCUUAGCCUCAUUCUUUUUAAUCCAAGGGAUGCUCAUUUUAAGUUAAACAAUCUACUCGUCUUAUUAUCGCCGCUGCUAUUGUUUUAGGAUGGGCUGGUAUCAUCCGCUGUUGGCGUUUCCAGUUCUUAUGAUUGUGUUUCUCUCCGGAGGUAAGACACUGUUGAGGCUCUAAUGAUCACAGAUCUCACUUUUUCCGUUACAAAGUAUUAAUGUGAAUGGUCAAUUUGAUUUCUUUUGGAUCAACAGCUUUUGCACGAACGACGCACCGAAAUGUAAGUCGAUGAAUCAUUAGUUUUAUAGUUGAUCUCAUUCGCAUGUUGAAGGUUUCAGACGGAUGAUAUCUAUAUACCCAUGUUUUUGUGAUAGUUUUGUUCAUAUGUUAUUUUUAUUUUUUUAAUAACUGUUCUCACCGCAGACGCUUCACCAUCAUAUGACAGAAAAUGAUCUGAAGUACUUUUUCGGUGUUGAUAAUCAUUCAGAAGGUAACUUAAGCAAUAGAAAACAUUUUCAUCAUUUAACAAUAACCUAAGUGGUAUGAUGGACGAACUUGAGAAAAUUUCUCAAGCUGGAGGCGUGGAAUUUAUCAACUUUUCUGGAGUUCAACUAGUUGAGGGGGUUAUUAGGCCGAUCAUCCAAUAGAAAGUGUGGUCUAUUGCUUUUAUCAAAUGAACCUCAAUUUUUAUGAGGUUUAACGGCACAAGGGAAGGAUAGGUUUUCUGAAUAAUCAGGGCGUUCGUAGUAUUUAGGUAUUUGAUAAACAUCCAUAAAACUGAAGACCAUAUCCUACUGCUUCCGUUGAUUGGUUACAAUUGGUAAUGGCAUCUUUUAUAUGUUAUUCAAAGUUUCCAUAACUGUCCACUUUUUAAGAGCAGGGAAAAGGUGGUUUUACACUUGUAACUGUUCAACUGAAGCUGCCUAUUAUAUUUCUCUUUCGCUGUAGUUCCCGAGUACGAUGUAACCACCCCUUAUCAACUCAACGAAAAUUUCAAAGGUUUCGGACGGCGUCAACGGCGGGCAGAGGAAUCACGUGAAAACAUAUUUUACAAAGUAAAGGCAUUUGGGCGGGAAUUGCACUUGAACUUAACAUUGAACAAAAAGCUGAUGUCUCCUGACCUCGUUGCGGAGACGAUAUACGCUGAUGGCACGAUAUCAUACUCUCCCCCACCCCCAAACAAUUACUACCUUGGUAACGUGAUGUCCGAUCCCUAUUCAAUGGCGGCUGUUAGUGACAACGGAGGGCUGGUAAAUUAAUGUAAAAUGUUUGUCUCAGUUUUCGAAACAGAAGUGUACUAGAUAAGCUCGAUAGCUGGCGACAAAAUAGAAAGAAAAAGUUUAACAGGUAGGAUUUCAAAUAUUAUCCAUGUGCAAAUGGAGCUUAGUAACUUAAUCAGUUGAACCCUAGCAGAAGCAACGAGCCAUUUCUAUAGUUAGAUAUUUAUACGAUACGCAUAAAUGAAACAUGUUUUUAAAAAAAAUUCAUUUGAUGAUUAUGCAGUUACACAGGGAAUAUGACGAUAAUAUCAGAAGACAUUUAUCUGAUAUAUAAUGGAACCUAGAGGAAAAGUGAAAUUGGUCAGCUCAGUUGGGCUACUUAUUGACAGAAAAUGCCAUGUUUUAUGUGUCUUUGUUGGGCUGCGUUUAGACCGUUUGUUCUAAUUUCCAUUCCAUUCUUAUUUUAGACUGGUAUGCUGAAACUAGCCAGCGAUACCUUAUUCAUUCACCCGUUACCGACCCAUCUUGCAAAGCGGGCUGCGUCGAGUGAAGUUAAGACACCUCAUUUGAUUUACAAGAGGUCUCUUCCAGUUGAAUUUGAUCCGCAUGAUAUGAGGAAAGGUAUUACACUGUAUGGUAUCUAUUAAUAUUUCUUUACACUUUGUAAGAAUCCAAGAGACGAUAACCUAUUUUUUAAAACGAAAUAUUAAUUCAAGUAAUGAUAGUGCCAGUUUUAUCUCCAAAGCCAGCAAAGACUGUUUCAUUUCCUGGUAUCUUUAUUGUUAUACUGUCAAAGCCAUCAACAGCUCGAUCAUAAAUGUAAACAAGAAAAUCAGCCGUGACCAGUAGUUAACUUAAAUUCAUAGAAACAGGCCACAGCUCCCUUUUUGAAAAUCUGCAAAAAAAACUGCCUUUCUUCAAGUGGUAACCUGUCUAGCUUUGAGUGGUUAGGUAUGUUAAUGUUAAAGUUUUGAGAAGUUAAAGGUUUUUCAACAACGAAAUCAAGUUAGACAACCACUUCUUAGGAAAAAAGCUGAAAGAGAAGUUAAGCAAUGUUAACGAAACAAGUUUCCACAUUUGACUUCAUCGACCUUUACAGUGUUUAAACCACGAAGGAAUAUACCGGACAGCCUGGAGGUACAAGAUAAAGGAAACUUGACAAUAAAAACCAUGGAGGCUGCUUUAAUGCUCGAGGCAGCUUCGGCGGCAACAUUGGAGACUGAAAAGCACGACCCAAAGGAGUUUCUCCUUUUAUUAGGAAAUACAGUAAGUUCUAGAUUUAACAUCUAUUUGUAAACUUAGCUGUCAAAGUUUAGGUCCUCAGGCAUUGAUAGAUAACAUCCUACACAUCUGGAAGUUGUGAAAAUCGCUUGUUAUGACAUACAAACAUUGCCAGGAGUGACUCGAACUUGAAUCAUCACUCACAGAAGUGUCUUUGUUCCGCACCCUCGACAAAUAAAUUCCUAGUUUUAGUUUACGUUCUAUACUUUCCUUCUGUUUGAAUCUCGAACUUGUUAUUUACUGGUUGAAACCAGAAUUUUUAUUUCUUUACCCAUCCAUUAUCUAGGAUAAAGAAAGACAUUGACUUCCGUCGAGCCUGCUUAACUCUUGAAAUAAAAUUUGACAAUAAUUAACCUUUUGCUGUAAAUAUUAAAAUGUGAAGAAUUCUCUUAUCAAUAUAAUGCAACAAGAAGUGGAUGUGAAUGAAAAUGUUGAGUGAGGAAAGAAUGCAUUGACAGGUCCAUACGCUUUUUGAAAAGAUUCUGCGAAUUUCAUUCGGGUGUCUCUUCUCAAGAUUUCAGGACUCUUCAUGGACCCGAGCAUUGGAGAGAUCCGUAUUUAUUACAAAGUUACGCGAAUCAUCGUUAUCGACAAGAAGGUAAACCAUAAUAGCAGACUCUGAAUUAAAGAAAUUUUACUAACAACCAGAAAAAGACCAACAAAUGAGUGAAAGUAUAUGACCAAAGAACAACUGGUUUCACUAACAAAGCGAACUUUGGAAACUGAAACCAUACUCUAGACUCGCAUGAAUUAUCAAGAAAUACAAAAAUCAGCUCUAAAAUUGCAUUCGGUGCCGUUUUAAAUGUUACAUCUCUGUCUUCUUCAGGUGUUCGGUGCGGAGUUCUCCGAAUCUAAAACUCAAUGGCUGUCGAAGUUUGCCAAAUAUAUAAAAUCCCACCAGACUGGCAGGGAAGAUGUGUUUUCCCUUGUGUACAGGUAAAGCAAAGUAAACGAGUAUACAAAGCAAGGUGCACAUCUUAAAACUCUCUCUGUCUGUCCAUCAGCAAGUUAGUAAGUCGCUUAAUUCAUUUAUACUUAAAUCAAUUCAUGCUUGCUUGCGCUUGAAGUUCGAUGCUGAAAACAAUAAGCUCAACAAACGGCAAAAAGUCGAAGUCUGAAUUGCUUAGUGCGGACAUUUUGUUACUCAACUUUCCGUCCGUAUUUUUGUCUUUUCCACAUUAGGCUAUUAUCGCAUAUUUUACGUGUUCUCAUGCCCUUAUAUGGUAAGAUGACGUAAUAGUGUAAUAACAAAGAUGCUAAAAAUAAUACUUAUUACUUAUUCUUCUUUAUUAUUCAGCAUGAAAUCAGGACUUGGUGGUAAGUACAAUGCAACUCUUAUAAGUUACAUAUAUAGGUUAUAUUUCGAUAUUCCUGGUAAUUCACACGUAAAUCCUCAUCGAUCGGCUUGCUGAGCUCAUUAAGAGAUCGAUUUUACCCAAUUUUGAUCAUAAUCCAAAUUAAUAAAGGAGGUAACUUUCUAAAGAAACUGUGGAGCUGCGUCGUUGGGAGAGUAUAGCAGGGUAACCAAGUAUUAUCACCUGAGUUGAUAACACAAACUGGCCACCGUAAAGAGUUUCAAAGCUGACGUUUCGAGCGUUAGCCCUUCGUCAGAGUGAAACAUAGGACUCGCCGACGCUCGAAACGUCAGCUUUGAAACUCUUUACGGUGGCCAGUUUAUGUUAUCAACUCAUUUGAUAAUACUUAAUUACCCUGUUGUUAUAAGCACUUGAUCGAUCGAUAUGAUCUCCAUUUGUGUCGGGAUACAGCUCGCCUGGAGGAGGCGUUUGCUCCAAAAAAUCACACAAAUUACCAGCCACAUAGGAGUGUAAAUAUAAAAACUUUACCACUGACCGUAUUUUGAGAUUCCAAAGAGUGACAGCAUCGUUCGAAAGUUGUCUUAAAAUUCGACCUUGGUGUUUGUCAUUUUAAAUUUCGCUUCGCAAACCCUGCUGCUCACCUUAACGUGGGUGGACUAUCUCUGUUAACGCGUCCAUUAACACAGUUUGGUUUGUACUUGUUCUUAAUAAAUCAGGAUUGGCUCCGUUCAAGACCAUAUGUAACGGCAGAGCAACAGAAAACGUAAACAACAUGGUGGGCUUACAAACAGCUCUGAUAGUGACUCAUGAAACUGGUCACAAGUAAGGCUUAUUUUCAAUGCAGUUUAAGUAACCGAAGGACAUACUCACCUAAAUACCACUGUUCCCUGACAGAGCCAUGGCUCUUUUUCAAAUUAUCAAGAAUAGAAAACUGUAGAACUGUCGAAUUUAGUUUAGUUUAGUACUUACUGGGGUAAUAAAAUAAUUUAACUGUAGUUUUGACAAAUUUUAACCGUAAGUCAUAAAAUAACUAACCCGAUUUUUUUUAGCUUUUUAAUUUAAAAACUAAUCGCAUCGGAAAUAAAUUAACCGGAAAAUUGCCAAAAUGUUAAGCGUUAGCCGUAAGAGUCAUCACCCUUUUGAAAACCUCGUGUAACAAACGAAAGCUGAUUGUCUUUUCGUAAUGUACUUAUGGAAGUUUGUCAGUUACGAGCCGAAAGUGAGUGGUUUACAAGUUUUCCGAGUGUUCUUCCAGCAUUUGAAGUGGGUUAGUAAGCUGUUAAUAACGACCUUUUCUCAAACAGCUUAAAAAAUUUUUAGUUUUUUUUAAAUUUCGCAAACUCGAAAGCAAGCUUCCUGAAGUGAACCCAAUUUUGUCUGUCUUAUAAGUUUGUAUUCUGCUAGCAAUAUAUUCCAAGAUAUUCCAAUCGAGUUCUAUCGUCAGAUAAGUGUGGCACCAAUGAUCGUCAUGUUCUGUGUUUUGGGAAAGAGCAUAACUUCAGAGACCAACUCCCUAUGAAAGGCCUUCUUUAAUUUCGUUCUCUUAUGUUAGUCUACUUUUGACUAACACCAGUCAAGAAUAAAAUGAAAGUCGGUAAAUAGAUAUUGUUGUCUCUAGCAUGGGGGUGGAUCAUGAUGAAACAGACGAGUGUCCUUCUAACACUUACAUCAUGUCCGCGGUGCUCCCUGGAGGCUCCAAAGCUGAGACAUGGUCCAACUGCAGUAUGAGAGUCAUUCAAGAACUUCUCAGGUAGAUAUUGAUCCAACUUGUGGGGUGAUUUCCAAACUGGAAAUCCUUGGGUACUCAUAGGUUGACAUUGUUUAAUAAUGCACAACAGAUGGUUUAAUGAACUAGCGUUUAAUGUGACGACAAUGGUGAAAAGAAUAUCUGCUAAGAUACUGUAGAGUUAAACGAGGUCUAUCAUUAUCUUAACUACGCUAAAAAUAACGGAAAUUGAGCGGAACUUAAAAUACACCAGUUAUUUAUCGAAACUGCUGUUUGCUCGUAGUCACUUCAAAUAUUUCUAUCAGAUCUCAGCUCAACGUAGGUAAUGGCCAUUUUUCCCUUGACAACCUAGUAGACUCCCAUAGAAUGAUAUGGUGUCUUUUUCACUUUUAUUUUCCAUUUUGAACGAAGAUUCUCCAAUCAAAGCACGUUGUAGACGAACUGUGUGCUAUUACUGCACUCUUUAGGAGUCAUCGUAACCGUAACGUUAAGUGUGUAGGUAUGAUUCAAAGAAAUACCGAGCGCUUCCCUCAUUGUAAUGGGGCGGACGCUGAUAUACAUCGAUUCAAACUUGAACAACGCCGCGUCAGAGAAAUGUUUUAUAUUAACGGAACCUCCCAGCGUCUAUCAAAUCUCUGCUGGUUUAUCAAACUCGAAAGCUCGUAAAAACUGAAAUAUAAUAAACUAAAAUAGGCCAUUACCAUAAUUACGCUAAUCGGAAUGUCCUAAACUCGAACACGCGGGGCGUAUAUAUAGAUAAAUCAAAACAACACAAAUAUCCUAAACGAAACAAAACUACCUUUGAUUAUACACGUUUCGGUAUAUAAAUACAAAAAUAAACAAGAUGACAUACUUCUUUCCCCGUUCUAUUAUUCUAGUAUUUCGACAAUCCAUCGAUCUGGCUAUGCUUGCGACCAACACGUGUCUCGUGGCGUGACGGAAUGAAACAUAAUGCCGACAAUUCGAAAGAAUGUCACACAAAACAAAAGGGUAUCGAAAGUCACGUAAAUCACAACUAAAAAUAGCCUUCGUUACUUUCAUCUUACGCUCAAAUCUCGUUGAUGGACACGUUUGGAUGACCUCGCUUGUUGUUCCGUGGAGAAUCACGUUCUAUAACGAUUCAGAAAGCUUUUGAAAAUUUAUUUGACUUUUAACUUUGUCCAUGAAAUGUGUUUUGCAGAAGUAGCAAGUCAAAUUGUUUGAAUGAAGAGGCUGAGGACGGCGAAAGGACUGUGGUGUAUGAAAAGAUUGAUGAAGGUGGUCCCGACAAACGAGAAGUCAGUAUCAGGGUAGCACGCGAUAUAACAGAGACAAUUGAUCCUAGCGAGCUUUACGCAAAUAAUUUUGUAUUAAAACUUCCUGGUGAAAUCAUGAAUGGCGAUGACCAGUGCGUCUUACAGUAUGGACUUGAUUUUCGACAAUGUUCUCGAUUUGCGGUAAGAGAUUCUCAUCUAAAAAACCAACCUUUGAUUCAAAUGUCUAAUCAGUGUUUGUCUUCAUUUUGAUAUUUUUUUUCUUUUUUAAUUACCAAUUGAAAGCAAUGUAAAAAAUAACAUUUAUGUUCCUAAAAAUAUCAUGUCGGAGAAAACAAUAUGCAUUUAGUUGUGUAUAUAUUUGUAAACUAUUAUUUCAUUCAUCUAUUUCUUAUGAAUCCGUUUAUAAUUAAUCGGUUUUUAUUGCGAGCGAAAAAAGGAAGUUGUUCGGAAAUACACUUUCUGAUGUCUAAAUUUAUUCAAGAAAGAUAUGGAAAAAUAUAAACAGCUUAUAAAAUUAUGUAGUAGAUUGGCCGAAUUUUAAAUAGUUUCCAGAUAACUGAAUAAAACCUUUGUAAAAAGGCGCUGCUUUAACAUUUUGUAAAGGUGUCUUAUGUCGGUUGCGAUGCUUGCUCAUUUUGCAGGCAGAGUGUGGUAAACUGUGGUGUACUCCGAACGGAUAUUGGUGUGAUACACGUGCAGCUCCUGCUCUCGACGGGACUCCCUGUGGAAGUAGAAAUGUAUGUCAUUAUUAGUCAAAUGUUCAAACCCUGCUGCAGUUCGCCAUAGGACUCCGUUAUUCUAAGACCAGCCAGAUGUGAUAAGCAAAACUCCAAAGAGAACUUUUCCAAUGCAAAACUCCUGGCUUUAAGAACAUGUUUCAUUGCGUUCCUUUGAAGUCACUUCAAAACACUCCUGACAUUUUUCAGCUAAAACCUAGUUGACUAGUUUCAUUCUUGUUUUCCAUUUUGAACAAAGAUUCUCUGUUUAAACAAGUUGUAGACGAACUAUGUGCUAUCACUGCUCUCUUUAGGAUUCAUCGUAACCGUAACGUUCAGCGUGUAAGUUUGAUCUAAAGCAAUGCUGAGCACUUCCUUCAUCUUAUGCUCAAAUCAUGUUGAUGAACGCGCUCGGAUGACCUUGCAAGGUCAUCCAAGGUCGAACUCGCUUGAGGGGUUCAAGUUUUCUCGUCAGCUUUUCUGUUCGUACAAAAUUAUAAUUCUCUUGGGACCAAACAUAAUCUGUGCUUGAAUCUAAUUUCUUAUAGUGGUGCAUCAAAGGAGUGUGCGUUGACAACGGUCGGCCGCAGGUCGAUGGCUGGUGGAGCGAAUGGUCGGACUUUACUCCAUGCACGAGAACAUGCGGUGGUGGGGUACAACACAGGACAAGAUCAUGCACAAAUCCACCGUGAGUGGAAGAAUCAUCAAUAAUUAAAAUGAAUAAUUAAUUCAGGUAGGGAUUGCAUUCGAAAUCGUGAGAUCUCUUCCCCAACGAUGAUUUCAUUUCACCUCGAGAUUCCUUGCCUCCACCAACUCUGGCUGUGUGGAGAUUUUGCAUUAGAAAGCAACUUUGCAUUGAGCUCGUCCAUUUCACAGAUCCGCUGGUUUCUCAUAAGAUCAAAUAACAAUUCUAAUGCAUAAAGUGCAAAUAAGAUCGGCUUUUAAUCUUGUAAGUGUGUCCGUGCGUGAGCACAAGUUAAGCGAUCUUUUUUCCUUCUUCCUCUUUUGCUGAUCUUGAAUGGAAAGGCCUUCAAAUGGAGGGAAAAAAUGCCAGGGAGAUUCAAUUGGGCAUUGGAGAAUCUGUGAGAUCUCAGUAAGUAUCGACUGUUCUCUUCGAUCUGAGAGUAUAUCAUUUGGAAACAUGUUUAGACGAGCCAGAUUAGGCAAACUGUAUCCGAAAAAAAUGAAUAGAGGGGAAGGAAGAGCAGAAUUUUUCAUUUCAACUUCAUCAUCACGUCAAAUUUGUUUCCUCCUGACGAGAAACUGGACAGAAUUUUCUUUCCUGAAUUGUAUGAAGUUUUUCUCAUAUGGUUUCAUUCAAUCGUUAGUUUAAAAAUAAUAUGCUUCGGAACAGAACUGUCAAUCCACGCAACUGAUAAAAAAGAUCGUUGAAUUCUUCUGGGGUGUGUUAUCUUCUCGACCAGACGAAUCCAUUUGCAAAGUUAAAGUUUGAAGUCUCUCCCCCUGUUUUUACUUAAACAAGGAGGUUACACAUUGAUUUCAAAAUGAGGUUCAUUUCAGCCCUGUCCUGGAAGUGUUACAAAUACAUACCGAGAUGAACAGUGCGCGAAGAAACUGGAGGGCUCAUCCGCAUAUUAUCAUGGAGGUAAUACACGGAGCUAUGGGGUCCCCUUAACUUUGUCAUUUUAUCCUCAACAAACUUAGACAUCUGUCGAAUAAUACGCCGUGAAAACGUUUGGACAGUCAGUUACGCAUUUUUUUUCUCUAUCGUGUUGAACACCUACGAACUGCUAUUAAGUUUUCACUUAUGUCGUACCCGUGAGGAAGAGGUUUUUUUUGAAAAAUUUACCCUCAUUUAAAAGCGUUUCCUCUAAGCAGCUAUACUACAAGUCUCAACAACGUUAAUAACACAAUGAAUUUUUUAUUAUUUUUAAAGAAAUUAUUUCGCAAAGUACCCUUUUCUAUCUUCCUUAGGACCAUGUGAUUUGUAUUGCCGGUUGGGUUACACUGUCAAGGGAUAUGGAAAAGUGUUAGAUGGUACCAGAUGCAGCAAAGAUCCCGCCAUAUUUGAUGUUUGUAUUGGAGCAAGUUGCAAGGUGAGUUACUCAUGUGAACAAGAGCCGCUUUGACUUGAGGAGUCAACAAAAUUUUGCAUAAACAAAAUGGCGUAUCCCAAGCCAUUUUUAUAAUAUUUCUUGAUAGAUUAUCUUUCGUUUUAGUCGUUGUCAGUGGUAGCCUUGAGUAAGUGCGCUGUACUCUGAGUCGAGAAGUACGGGGUCGAGCUCUAUAGUGCAGUUUUCACAAACAAAUUGAAAAAAACUGUCAGGAAUACUAUAAAAAAAGGAUGAAUUGUUACUAAGCUUCCUACAAUAGACUACCACUCCAUCCAGGAGAAAUAACAGUACCCCUGGUCGCUUAAUUCUAAAGGCACUGGCUGUUGUUCAUUUCGAAUUGAUAUAUUCGUAUAGGUAAUCACAUGAUUUCGAGUGCAAUUUGGAAAAAAUCAGCACGAGUAAUUUUUUUUAAAGACUAACAAAAUUGCACGAUCCCGUAGGGCGAGUGCAAUUUGUGGUCUUUGAAAAAAUUAACAAGUGCUUGUUUAUUCCAAAUUGCACGAGAAAAAUCAUGUGAUUACGAGUUAAUAAUAUACAUGGAAAAAUUACGAGAUGGCUUAUCAUAAUUAAGCAUAAGCAAAGCGCGCGCAUCAAGUGUAAAAAUAAUUUAUUUAAACCGUGCAUUCGGUCAAAACAACCGCGUAUGAUCAAAACAAUAAUAUGCAAUGAUAUCUUCACAUCUUUAAGGCGCAAAAAAGUUCAAAGUCCGGCUAAACAGUUCAAGGAAUUGUUCAGCCUGUGUCCGAAUCACUUUCGAGGAAAAGGAAUCGUCGUUUCCGCGGUUAAACCAUGCUUGUUUUUAAUUUCAGCGUUGGAUCGCUCGAGCAAAGUGUUAAGCUGGGUCGGCUCGUAAUUUUCGAUUUCCUUGGCGAUUCCCUUCUCUAAAUACCACUUUUUCCAAACUGACAACCAAAAAGCAGUGUUUUUUUUUAGAGUUUUCGUUGUUUGAGCUGUUUUUCAGCUACGGCGGCGAAAGAAAACCUACUUAAAACGCCAGCCAUUGUUCCGCUCGCAAAAUUUCAAAUUUUGUUGCGACAUCCAUGGCUUGCAUUUGAUUGGCUAUCUGUGAGUUUCUUUGAUAAUUGACCAAUCAGAAUGUCUGUUUGUUACUUUCUUUGCACUGAAUUAACCCUCUUCUGCACUGAAUUAACUCUCUUCUGCACUGAAUUACCUGACUGCAUUAAUCAGAACUGAUUAAUUUUUCUAUGUAAAUUAUUAAUUCCUAAAACAUAUUUUGGUGAGGUUUUGUGAGAAUCGUUUCCAAGGAUAACGAGAUAUGUGAGGAUAAAACCGAGCUCUUUUUGCUAGAAUUAUCAACAUUACUGAUUUAUAAGGGAAAGUGAAUAAAAGAUAAUCCAAAAUGUUGUCAGUUAAAUAAGGAUAAUCAUGAAGCCGUAAAGAUAGUGUUAAAUCACCACUGUUUUCGUGAGUUUUUUUUUAUCUUCUAUAAGCUCAAGAUUGCUACCAAAGUUUGUUUCUUACUGGGAGAUGACUUUUAUGUGUUAUAUCCUUUAUCAGGCUGCUGGCUGUGAUCAGGUCCUGGGAUCAAAUGUAAGAAUCGACAGGUGUGAUGUGUGUGGUGGCAAUGGGAAUACGUGUAAACAUGUUGUAGACAAGUACAUGAAACAGUGGAACCAAACUGGUAAGGAAUAUUUUGAUAUGUAAUGGACUUUAUCCACAAAAUCUUUCCGCCUUUCUCAUCGCACCUAAGGAUAAAGAAUAAAUUAAGUCACUAAUUCUUUCUUAGGAAAGGAGAAUGCAGAUACCAUUUAUGAUCUUCCACCCGGGACAAUGUCUGCAAGUUUUAUUGAAGUCGCUGCGACGUACAACAAAAUAGGCAAGUACUAA